UGUCUAAAACCCCCUAAGCGGGUGGGGCUCACUUCUCCUGCUGCCACCGCCGAGCAGCAGAUCUGAGGCGGCCGCGGCUUGAGGCUUGAGGACACGCCGCCGGGACGGCCGAUGUCCUUGGGGAGAGCUGUGCAGUCGCGUGCACACGGUGUCGCAGGUGCCGGGCGCUGUGAUAGCAGCGGGUGCGGAGCUGGCUGGCAGCUCCUUCCUGAGAUGGGCCUCUCCAAGGUAGUCAAGCCACAUACUCCAUUAAUAAAGUUCCCAGACAGAAAAAGUGGUCCCAGACCUAAAAUACAGGAAUCUCUACAAGCAAGUAUGCCAUCUCUCCUUGCUUCAAAAGCACAGGAAUCUGUAGGAGGCAUAUCACCGGCAUUUCAAAGUAUUUCACCUGUUAGUAGAGUACAAGGCACACCAGACACUUCUGAAUUAACAAGAACUUUACCUCAGAAAUACAGAAGGAGACAAAUGUCAGAUGAAGAGAUUGAAUAUAUUCAACGUGGAGGUCCAGAAUAAAUGUAGAAGAUAGUUUCUUGGCCACUGUUGAAGAAUGAGGUAUUAUAUUCACAAUAAAGGCAUUUCCUUAAUAUUAAAAAUUAUUGUAUACUAAUAGCUUUAAUAAAAUCCCAUACGAUGGGUGAGAAGAUUGACACAACACACAAGAUACUGAUCUGUUUGUGACCGAGAAGGAUUCUCUGUUAAUGGCUAAUAGCAAUUGAAUAUAUAUGAUGUCUGCACCAUUAAAAUAUUUUUCUAAUUAGCCAUUUGAAAAGUCAA